AUGGCAGAACCUGCGGACGACGUCCAAGUCAAGGUGGCCUCGGAUGCUGCCGAAAAGUUCGUUGAGAGCUAUUACCCGGCAUUAAACAACCCAAAAGGCCGAGCGCAUCUGGCCGACUUCUACAUCAAACCGACAGAGGCAUCGCCCCUUCAAGCAGACAUUACCCUGAACGGGAACACUGUGGCAGAUCCAGCCCAACUGCAGUCUAUAUUCGAGACUCAAGUAGCCAAAGCUCAAUAUGAAGUACAAUCCUUUGAUUGCCAAGUUAUAAACACGAAUUACAAUGUCGGUGUCGAUUCAACAAAGCUGGGUCCAAAUAAGGAUGGGAAGAAGAUGAGCAUAUUAGUUAUGGUCAGUGGAAGCGUCAAGUACUUCAAGGAGAGUACGGAUGGAGAAACAAGAGGAUUUACCGAAAAUGUUGUGUUGGUUCCAAACUGGGAAGCCCAAGGCCCAAAGGCACCGAAGGGUUUGAAAAAAUGGUUGAUCCAGAGUCAGACUUUCCGGCUGGUCCUCUGA